CAGUCUCUGGGUUAGUGUUAACAUCACCUGUAAAUGCACACUGGAAAGGUGUGAUGGAUAUGUGUAGAAAUGACCAUAAUCAUUCUAAUCACCUGCAAAUGCACACUGGACAGGUGAAAAAAAAAUCACGUGUACAAAAAUGACAUUUGACACUUUUACUGGUGUUCUUUAAUUAUUUGUUACUUUUUUCAAUUAACUUUUUUUUCUUAACUUCUUAAAGCAUUGUUGGUUAAGGGCUUGUAAGUAAGCAUUUCACUGUAAGCAUCUACAGCUGUUGUAUUUGGCGCAUGUGACAAAUAACAAUUGAUUUGAAUAAAGCAAGUGAAAAAUUAUAACUAAGACGUGUUCCAGGUAAAAUGAUUUGAACCUUUAGACAGGCGAAAAAAACACAUGUACGAAAAAAUGACAUUUAACACUUGAAAAAGGCAAGUGAAAAAUUAUUACAAGUGUUAAGAUACCCCCAAGCUCUGGGGCCUCAUUUAUAAAUGUUGCGUAGACACAAAAGGCUGCGUACGCCACUUUCUAAACAAAUUCUGGGAUUAUUAUUUUUUUUAACUUGACGGGAGAAUGUGCGGUCCUCCACAGACACUGUUACGCUUCGAACACACCGACUGCGUCAUUGCGUUUCGAUACACCAGAAGUACAUUCAUUUCCAAUGGAACGCUGCAUUUGCCUUGCAGCAUUGCGUUGCAGAGGCAGUUGCAGUGCGUUCUGUGUGGUGCAUACGUUCGAUAAAUCGAACGUAUGCAUCAAAUUGUAUGAGUGGACUUGACAGAAAGUAGCAAAAUAUGAAUGUAGAUCUUUUUUUUGCACACAUUCAGUAAAAAUUUGGGAUUACAUAAAAACAGUUUGAUUGCAUAAUUUCUUUACAUUUUUUAUUUAUUUAUUUGCCAAGUAUAUUAUUUAUUCGAUGACAUCCUCAAAUUAAUUGUGAGAGCCUAUAAUAUAAUUUCCCCCCAAUAUGCAGUUUUGGAGCGAAAUGCAAUAAUAAAUAGUCAAGAUAGGCAGAGUAGGCUCUUUCAACAAUGAGACCAACGUGGAAGGUGGUAUGACUAUUUCUUUCACACACACCUCAUUGGCUAGGUUAGCAAGCUAGGUUAGCUAGCUAGCUAACGCUAACUAGCCACAUCUAGCACAAGCUCACUACUAAACUGACCUGGCAAUCCUACUAUCGUGGACACUUGUCUCCAAGCAGCAUUUUUUGUGUUUAUGUCCCUGUAGCUGUCAGCAGUUGUGUCAAAAAGACACGGUUUUGAGGAUACUGCGAAAAUGAUUCUCUCCUCCAUGUGUCCAACCGCAUGCGACCAUUUGCAAAAGGUACCUGCAUCAAGUAUAGUUGCCUAGUUGCGCAAAAUGUUAUGCAGCAGUGAUGCAAUGACGCAGCCGGUGUGUUCGAAGCGUUACCCAUAGGUACGCACGUAAACUGGACAAACGAGAAACUGCGACUCCGAUGGCAGAUGGCAGAAGGAUGAAACUCGAGAAACGAUGUGAAAUUGAUACCAUUGUGUAAAAUAAAUUGAAAUAUUACUUCUCACGUAUUAUAUAUGAAGACGUCCCUGGAGUGCGCACAAAAAAAACAUGAUUUAGGAUAAUACAUACAAAUGGAGAUCUGUUGUUGCAAAAGAAACCCUCAAAUAUGUUGUACAGUUCAAUCUGAAAUCAUAUUUAUUUGGUUCUGAAAUUAUACAAUACUUGCGUGUAAUAAAAUUUAUUCUGAAAUGUAAUAAGGUGAACAGUAAGACAAACUACAUUUAAACUGAUGCCAUUUUCAAUGCCUCAGUCGGGCUGAUACAAGUGCACAGUUUUAUAUGUUAUCACAUGUUCGUUGCGCAGAAUGUCAACGUGAUAACGGCCCUGUCAUGGUCAGUUACAAUCAGGGUAAUUACCGCACCUGAAGGUGUUACGCAAUUGGGUAGCUUUGACAAUCAAAUGGGUGGGUAUAAAAAGGCAUGCAAUUACAAUGUGUAAUGACGCACAAUGGCUGCUUUGGCACUGUUGGAAGAUUUGGCGAAUGGAAGAAUUCUGAAAGCGCAAAUUCAGAGACCAGCAAGAUUUACUGGCCAAUGAUGAUGAGCGGCUUAUAAACCAGUUCCGAUUACCAAGAGCUGUUCUCUUGGAUCUCUGUGCUGUAGUGGGCCCAGCUAUACAGAGAAACACCCGCAGAAACCAAGCCGUGCCUGCCCCACUUCAAAUCCUGACAACCCUCGGAUUUCUGUCAACAGGCACUGUUACAUACGCCUCUUGGAGGGAACGGAACACCCUGCUACACUCAACUCCCCGUGGAGUGAAAAUGGUAUGUGACUGUACAGUAGGUGUGGGUAAGGAUGACAUGGGCCGAGAAUAUUACCGUUUACAGGGAAUUUAUUUCCUUCACAAGUCAGUCGGGGAAAAGGGGCUAGACGGAACCAAAGCAAAGAAGGUAAAAGUUCAAAAGUCCCCUCCUACCUUACCUGCCUACCCACGACUUACCUACAUUAACACCACCUGGCACGCUAACCAAAAUACAGGGGGGGGAAAUGGGUCAGUCCAGGUCUUACCUAGUGUGCAUAGACAGAGUACAUACUACAGGUAUAUGUAUGCCCGCAGGCCUCUUUGCCUAAGCACUCCCAAGGUGCCUUCCCCUUCCCCCUGGGAACAAAUUAAACAGAAUAAUACAAACAUAAAGUGAACAAGUUAAAUAAUCAAACAGUCCUUCUGGCAUACACAUACCUCAGCAGGAACGGCUACAAAAUACUUUACAAACUGUCUCUGAGCAACAACCAACACAAGACAUCAAAGAAGCUCUCUCUCCUAACAAAGGAACACUCUUUUAUCCAGCUGCAGAAGGAGUUUGUAAUUGCAGACAGCUGUUUCCCCUAAUGAGAGGGCGGGAUCAGAGCUCCAAACUGCAAUGGGGCUGACCAAUCAGCUGCUUGGGGGAAUUCAGGAAGCAAUUUCCUGAAAUACACACAUACAUAUACACAAACCCACAACACAGAAACUGGGGAACGUAACAGGCACUUUUAAAAGGGAAUUGGCUGACAGGUCAGGAAUCUCUCAGACAACCUUUAGCCAUGUUAUGCCAGACGUGUUAGGAGGUAUAAUUGGAUUGAUGCACCUCUACAUAAAGUUUCCUUACACGGUGGGUGAACAGGCAAAUUAAAAAAGUGCAAUUUGCAGCAAUGUCCGGUUUCCCAAAUGUAAUUGGUGCUAUUGACCGCACUCAUGUUGCUAUAUGGGCACCGAGUGAGAAUGAAUUUGCUUUCAAAAAUCGAAAGCAUUACCAUUCCACUAAUGUCCAAAUCAUAUGUGAUCCGGACAUGGUACUGACUAAUGUAGUGGCUCGGUGGCCUGGGUCAACCCACGACUCAUUCAUAUGGAGCAACAGCAGUGUUGGGCGCAGACUUGAGGCCGGAGCUGUGCGUGUUGGCUGGCUUCUAGGUACAGAUGAUUCAUGUAGAAAUUCUAAAUCAAUUGCAAUUUUUCUCUACUGCAGUGCCUAACCCAUUCACUAACCUUACAGGCGACAGUGGAUUCUCCCUCAAGCUGUGGCUGCUCACCCUUUUCACCAACCCACAUAGCGCAGAGGAGAGGAACUACAAAGUGCGCCCUUGCCAGGUACACACUGUUGUGGAGCGCACCAUUGGGCUUCUGAAGGGCAGAUGGUGCUGCCUCGAUUCCUCAGGCGGAAACCUUUUAUACAAGUCUGAAAACGUCUGGGACAUUGUGAGGGAGUGUCCUGUGCUACAUAAUGUGGCACAGCUAAGGAAUGUGGCUUUACCCCCUGACGCUGUUGGUUGUGUAGAAUUGCAUUGGGGGAAUAGAUAUCUCACUGUACAGCCUUACCUAUGAAUUGUGGAUCAAUGACAUGAGGUCAUUUGGAUCCAAGAUGGCGUAGCAGUAGGACGUGUGUAUUUGUCUUUGUCUUAUCCCGUGUCUUAUCCCGUGUAAAUAGCCGGUCUAUUUCGUAUAUAUCUUAAUCUCACUUUCUAUCUACGGACUAAAUAUACUUUCCUGCAACCCACCUCACCCAAUGUGGUACGGAUCUGCUAUUUUUAUUCCAUUAUAACUGGAACUUCCAUCAGGAUCUAGCCAGGUAACUAGCUACUAGUCUUUGUUAGCCACGGCUAGCGGUCUUCACCUUUUUCUCGGUCACCAGCCAGCCUUAGAUCGGAUAACACCUGCCAGUCUGCACAGCGCAAUAUCAACCCAGAGUAUAUCGGACUGCCUCUCUCUACCAUAUCACCGGAUUCCUGCCGCUCUGGAUCAUUACACCGGAUCAUUGCAGCUAGCUAGCUGCAAACGAGUGGCUACUGUUAGCUAAGACCUCUGUCCCGAAGCAAGCACCAGCUAGCCUUGAGCUAGCCUCAAGCUAGGCCCAUAUACCAGCUAAUUCUAGGGCAAAUAUACCUCCUUUUCCAAUUGGCCUGGACCCUUUGUCGACACGGAGCCCCGCCGAUUCAUCACAACUGGACUGCCGACGUGAUCGCCCGAUGUGGUCUCAACAGGUUAUUCUGUUAUAAUGUCGCCGAAGAACCAUCUACUAGCCCCGGCCCGCUAGCUUUUCUGAACUCUGUGUUCCCUGCUCGCCUAGCGUAGUAGUGACUACUGAACGGCACCCUGACUCACCUAUUGCUGCUCUUUUGACCCUAUGAUCACUCAGCUACACAGCUGAUGCCCCCUGUACUGUUUCAAUAACAUGGUACCUCAUUUUGUUUACCUGCCGGCCCCAGUCUAGAACUCAGGUCCUGUAUGUACCUAACUGACCCGCUCUGCCCAUUCAUCGACAUUUACCCAUUGUUGUCUUAGCUCUUCUGAUCAACACCUGUGAUUGCUUUAUGCCUCUAAUGUCAAUAUGGCUUGUCUACUGCUGUCUUGGCUAAUUCUUAUUGAUUUAUUUCACUGCAGAGCCCUCAGUCCCACUCAAAAUGCCUUAGAUAGCUCUUUUGGCCCACCCCACACACAUGCGGAGAGACCUCACCUGGCUUAACUGGUGCCUACAGAAACGAAACCUCUCAUCAUCACUCAACACCUAGGUUUACCUCCACUGUACUCACAUCCUACCAUACCAUUGUCUGUACAUUAUGCCCUGAAUCUAUUCUGCCACGCCCAAAAAUCUGCUCCUUUUAUUGUCAGUCCCCAACGCACUAGAAGACCAGUUCUUAUAGCCCUUAGCAGUACCCUUAUCCUACUCCUCUGUUCCUCUCGUGAUGUAGAGGUUAACCCAGGCUCUGUAGCCCCCAGUUCCACUCCUAUUUCCCAGGCGCUGUCAUUUGUUGACUUCUGUAACCGUAAAAGCUUUGGUUUCAUGCAUGUUAACAUCAGAAGCCUCCUCCCUUAGUUUGUUUUAUUCACUGCUUUGGCACACUUCACCAGCCCUGAUGUCCUAGCAUGUCUGAAUCCUGGCAUAGGAAGUCCACCAAAAAUUCUGAAAUUUCCAUCCCCAACUUCAACAUUUUCCGCCAAGGUAGAACUGCCAAAGGGGGUGGAGUUGCAAUCUACUGCAGAGAUAGCCUGCAGAGUUCAGUCAUGCUAUCCAGGUCUGUGCACAAAAAAUUUGAGCUUCAACUUCUAAAAAUCCAGUCUCUCACCAUUGCCGGUUGUUAUAGACCCCCCUCAUCCACCAGCUGUGCCCUGGACACCAUAUGUGAAUUAAUUGCCCCCCAUUUAUCUUCAGAGUUUGUACUGUUAGGUGACCUAAACUGGGAUAUGCUUAACACCCCGGCUAUCCUGCAAUCUAAGCUAGAUGCCCUCAAUCUCACACAAAUUAUCAAGGAACCUACCAGGUACAGCUCUAAAUUCGUAAACAAGGGCACCCUCAUAGAUAUCAUCCUGACCAACCUGCCGUGUAAAUACACCUCUGCUGUCUUCAACCAGGAUCUCAGCGAUCACUGCUUCAUUGCCUGCGUCCGUAAUGGGUCUGCGGUCAAACGACCCCUAAAACACUUCAGCGAGCAGGCCUUUCUAAUUGACCUGGGCCGGGUAUCCUGGAAGGAUAUUGAUCUCAUUCUGUCAGUAGAGGAUGCCUGGUUAUUCUUUAAAAAUGCUUUCCUCACCAUCUUAAAUAAGCAUGCCCCAUUCAAAAAAUGUAGAACUGAGAACAGAUUUAGCCCUUGGUUCACUCCAGACUUGACUGCCCUUGACCAGCACAAAAACAUCCUGUGGCGUUCUGCAUUAGCAUCGAAUAGCCCCCACGAUAUGCAACUUUUCAGGGAAGUUAGGAACCAAUAUACACAGGCAGUUAAGAAAGCAAAGGCUAGCUUUUUCAAACAGAAAUUUGCAUCCUGUAGCACAAACUCCAAAAAGUUCUGGGACACAGUAAAGUCCAUGGAGAAUAAGAGCAUCUCCUCCCAGCUGCCCACUGCACUGAGGCUAGGAAACACUGUCACCACUGAUAAACCCACUAUAAUUGAGAAUUUCAAUAAGCAUUUCUCCACAGCUGGCCAUACUUUCCACCUGGCUACCCCUACCCCGGUCAACAGCACUGCACCCCCCACAGCAACUUGCCCAAGCCUCCCCCAUUUCUCCUUCACCCAAAUCCAGAUAGCUGAUGUUCUGAAAGAGCUACAAAAUCUGAACCCCUACAAAUCAGCAGGGCUAGACAAUCUUGACCGUCUCUUUCUAAAAUUAUCCACCGCAAUUGUUGCAACCCCUAUUACUAGUCUGUUCAACCUCUUUUGUAUUGCCUGAGAUUUCUAAGGUCUUCGAAAGCCAAGUUAACAAACAGAUCACCGACCAUUUCGAAUCCCACCGCACCUUCUCCGCUAUGCAAUCUGGUUUCAGAGCUGGUCAUGGGUGCACCUUAGCCACGCUCAAGGUCCUAAACGAUAUCAUAACCGCUAUCGAUAAGACGCAAUACUGUGCAGCCGUCUUCCUCGACCUGGCCAAGGUUUCGACUCUGUCAAUCACUGCAUUCUUAUUGGCAGACUCAACAGCCUUGGCUUCUCAAAUAACUGCCGCGCCUGGUUCACCAACUACUUCUCAGAUAGAGAUCAGUGUGUCAAAUCGGAGGGCCUGUUGUCCAGAACUCUGGCAGUCUCUAUGGGGGUGCCACAGGGUUCAAUUCUCGGGCCGACUCGCUUCUCUGUAUACAUCAAUGAUGAAAUCCUGGUUGAGAACGAAACGACUGAACAAAUGAACAACGAAACAGCACAGCAAGUAACUGAAAGAAAUAGGUUUUGAUUAUGUUUUACUGGUAAUAGGGACAUACCAAAAUGCCAACAAAAUAACUUUUUGGUCAGUGUGGUGUGUGUAACCUUUAUUUAACUGGGCAAGUCAGUUAAAAACAAAUUCUUAUUUACAAUGACGGCCUACACCGGCCAAACCCUGAGGACGCUGGGACAAUUGUGCCCCGCCCUAUGGGACUCCCAAUCACGGACGGAUGUGAUACAGCCUGGAUUCGAACCAGGGACUGUAGUGAUGCCCCGUGCACUGAGAUGCAGUGCCUUAGACUGCUGUGUCCGUGUGUGUGUUAACUAUUUAACUGUACUGGAAUGCUUAAAAGGCGGCAAAAAUGUUCAAUAACGGUUAUCGGUAUCUAUUUUUUUUUGGCAAGGAAAAUAUUGGGUAUCGGUGCAUCAGUAUCUGAAAAUACUGUGAAUUGAGACACAUUUAUUGUAUCACUCAACCUACUAUGUGUAUUGAACACUAUUUCAGUGGAAAAACAAUACAACCUGGAUGUUUUGGAGCCUGCUAACUCUGAGGACUUUGCUAAAAAAGCACUUGGAUACUGAGUAGACUGAUACCCCAUUUCAUUGAUCCCCAAUCCUUAGGUAAAGCUGUACAAUGAAAUAUACAUGUCAAUACGCACAAUAGGCUGACUGGGGAGGUGAUUUCCCACAGUCACAGUCCCGCGAUAAGAGCUACUAUGACACUAAUAUUUGUGUAAACUCUUCCCAGUUGUGUUCUGUGGGACUAGACUCAUACUCCAUUUCAUUGCUCCACAUUCCAACACUCCAACCUUGUUUACGAUUAUCUAGUCUAAAUAUGGCAUGAUUCCACCAAUUGUAACCUUCUGCAUCACUUUCAAAGAGGGACUUUUAUUUUGGCGACACAUAACCCGUCCGGUCAAGCAAUACUAGUAUGGAUGUUUAUAGCGUUCGUUUUGGGCAACAGGGUUAAGUAGCUGGCUAGCUAGUUAUUUUAAUAGGAGAACAACAAGUGGCUACCUAGCUAAUACUUACAAGGAUUCCUAAACCUAAAAGGAUUCCUUUUCCCAUUCGGUCAAACAAUAAUGCCUUAUUACCAACGUAGUACUCUACAGCUUUGACAAUAACAUGAAAGGGGGAUACCUAAUCAGAUGUACAACUGAAUGCCUUCAAAUGAAAUGUGUAUUUUAUCCAACCUCUGAAUCAGAGAGGUGAGGUUGCCUUAAUCAACAUCCACAGCACCCGGGGAACAGUGUGUUAAGUGCCUUGCUCAGGGGCAGAACAACAGAUUUUUACCUUGUCAGCUUGGGGAUUUGAUCCAGCAACUUUUCGGUUACUGGCCCAAUGCUCUAACCACUAGGCUACCUGGUGCCGCUUGGCUUGUGCACACACCAUUCUGUAAUUCAAAUUGUGUUAUUUGACGUGUAUCUUUUUGGACACGCAAAGACCCAAACGGCGUUCCAUACGCAAAGACCCAAACAGCGUUCGAUUAAAUUCCCAACCAACACGGCUCCCGGUACAUGUCCUCUAUUCAUUUGAAUGUUGUCAUUUGGCCAACGGUCCAAUAUUCCAACACUGCUGUGAGUACAUAUUACACGUUAUGGACUACGAUAGACGCUUAACUCUGCAUGUUCUCCGGUUCGUAAAGAUGUACAAACAUACUAAAACCCAACCUGAAUUGCCACACUGUCUGCUGAAAGUAGCUACCAAAAGUAAUUAUUGGGCGAGUGUGGAUAUUUAAGUGAAAGAAAGUGAAUCAUCAAUGUUAUAAAUUACGGUUAAACUGUCAACAUCUAGUGAAUCUGUUUUCAUUUCAACAGUUUACUUUCCAUGAUGUGCUAGAUGCCUUGCUUUGAUGUGAAGAAAACAAAUCCACUGGGGCUCAUAUGCUUUAUCCAUUUCUGCUGCAGCUCUCUGAUGGUGUCCAUAUUGAUCAUGUCCCUGCUUACAAAUAUCUGGGCAUCUGGAUAGAUGAAAAACUGUCUUUUUAAAGCCAUAUCGAGGAAUUAAUUAAGAAGCUGAGAAUAAAAAUGGCCUUCUUUUAUAGAAAUAGGCCCUGCCUCUUGCUAAAUAGUCGAAAGCAGAUUAUUUAGUUGACGUUCCUAUCAGUCCUAGACUUUGGUGACAUGAACACAGCUGCAACUUCAUUAAAACUGAUGCAGUUCAUCAUAGAAUACCGCGCUUUAUUACUGGCACCAAUUGUAGUACUCAUCACUGCAUUCUCCACCAUAAAGUUGGUUGGCCCUCAUUGAUGUCAUACACGAGUUCCCCCGGUCCCAGGGAUGGUUAACUUUGGAAAUUCCUUUGGUCUCUACUGAGUGAGGCAACCAUAAAGAAAGCACUGGCUGUCGUUGGCGAACCCUCUACACCCUCAGUUCGAGAGGCUUUCUUCUGGCCGGUGCUUCAGAACGCCCAUGGCCAAGAAGAAUGUGGUCAAACAUUAAUUUGUUCCUUGUGCUGUUGGACUACUAAAAAAGUAAAGUAAAGUAAAUUGUAUUGGUAUCUGGACCUAUCUAUCUAGUGCAGUUGGGACAGUGGUUGUUGUGAGUGAAUGUAUUAAUGUCCUCUAUGUUGUUGUUUAUGCAACAUGAUGCACUGACUGGUUUAAAUGUGUAUGAUGUGAGAAUGUAUGUGAUUCUUUUAAUGAAGGUGAUGCCAAAGAAAAAUGGCCAUUCUGGAUGGACAAUUAAGUUUUAUUCUAUUCUAUGACACUUUUUUUUUGGUGUGCCAGGACCAUUCACAGUUGAGAUCGCUCAGUUUAGCUCAUCGCUGAUUGGCUGUUAUUUUAUAAAAUAUUUUUGGUUAAUUCCCUUGGCAUCCAUGAGCACACACCACUGAUUGUGACAUAGCUACGUAGCUCUGAGAGCAACAUCCAAGGGGAAUGACCCAAACACGCACCUCCCCGCAAUUCCUAACCAACAAGUCUCCAGUACACGGCUUCUGUACAUUUGAAUUUGUUGACAGUUGGAGGAAUUGCUGGAGGUGCGCUGAGAAUUCAAAAAGUAUGAAUGUCAAAGGUACAAUAUUCUAGAACACUGCUGUGUGUACCGGUACGGUACUCUGAUAGACCCUUUAGGGGUUGAUGUAAGCCUUAAAGUAAAUAAGAUGUUUUCAUUGUCACAUAAUGUUGGCUACACCAGAUAGGUGCAAUGAAAUGUGUUGUUUUACAGGGUCAUCUAUGUACAGCGCCCCUGGAGCAAAUUAAGGUAAAUGCCUUGCUCAAGGGCAUAUUGACAGAGGUUUCACCUUGUCGGCUCAGAUAUUUAAACCAGCAACCUUUCAAUUGCUGGCCCAACGCCCUAACUGCUCGGCUACCUGGCGCCCUAACUGCUAGGCUACCUGCCGCCCUAAAGUGCCCUAGCCCUUGUACUACAUACACUGCACUGUGCUGUUCUGUGCCAAUUACUGUGAAUCUUCAGCAUUACGUAAUAGAGUACCACAGUAUGAGUCAUAAUACCCAUGGUUAUCAAAACGUCACACCAGAGUAAGCCUACAUGAAACACAGUCCUUAUUUUAAGUGUUUCUU